AUGGAAGGGAAAGUCCAAACGAGCAGGAGGGAAGUGAACCGCAAGAUGACCGUGAGGAAGCAGGUGGAGACGUUGGGUGAUGACGCCUCCAGUGCUAUGGAAACUGAGGCGAAUGGCGAAUACGGCGAGUCAACGCGUUGUGUCAGCGGCCCUUUGCCGCUGCGACAAACGCGACUGCUGGGGCUUCUGCUGCUUGUUUCAGUGGUGUUACCCCCCGUUUCGCCCACACUUGAGGAGUUGGCACGGACGUCAUUCUCCUCGACCGCCACAGGCCCGUUGGGUGCCGAUGUGUUUCGGUCACACACCAACGUCGACGGUACGGAUGGCUGCAGUACCGCCGGGGAACUGGACACAGAGGUGCGAGGGGAACGGCUGUUCGACUACAUGAGAACCGGGGUUUCCGAGCCAUGGGCGUCGAAGAUGACAGGGGGGGACGCAUGGCGCCGACGUGACGAGGAAGAAGAGGAAGAUGAGGAAGACGAAGAAAAUAAAGCGGUGAGGAGUGGUGACAGUCUCAAUGACGCUGCGGAAGAGGAGGGCCAAGUUGUGGACGGAAAACAGCUGCAAGACAAAACACUUGGGAGGGAAAGAAGGAUACUCACAGUGGGUGAGGCUCAUCCACUGGCACCCGUUGAGAAGGACCGCCGCAGUACACUCAGCAGCAGCAGCAUUGGCGGUAGCAGUUCCUCCACCCAAUUGGCAAUUGGCAGCGAAUACAACUCUCUUGUCUCCACCCCGCGUAAACUCCUGCUGCCAAAUGCCCUCACAAAUCACCGUAUUGUUAGCGGUGACCAUUGUGCCGACUCCAUCGAUGUUGAUGAUGACGUUUACAAAGAAAAUGACCGCAAGGACUUCUUUGAGGCGUUACCGGACGCCGCACUGCUGCGAAUUUUCUUGUUUCUUGUCUUCCCUGAUGUCGUCUCCCUGCUCGGCACCAAUAAACGACUUAAUGGGCUUUUACGGAAGAAAUUUCAAGUGAACGAGCAUGGGGUUUUCAGAAUCCCUGCCUUCACUGGACGCCCGUCUCUGGCGGACCGUUAUGGAGGCAACUUUGCCGGCAACAAAAACCACCACGCCAAGAACAAGAACGGCGUUUCAGGAACGAUGACUAAAAAUAUUCGUCUGUUUUUUGGACAGCAGCGGCGUGACCCGCAUCCGGCCUCGCUACGUCAUUUACUUAAUUUCCUUGUCCCAGAAAUUUCCAUCCCGCACAUGGAGUCGCAUACAAACGCCCUGAACAACCGCGGGAAGGGAUGCACAUGGGUUUUUGUUACAUCGCAGGAUGACGUCAAGCGACUGAUGCAAUUUAACAGACUUAUAUUUCUUGAUCUUAAUGCAGACGGGAAGGAAGUUUACAUGGUGGCCCCACCGCGUAGUAGGAAGUGGAUACAGGAAUACGCGGAGAAUAUUGCCAGGUGGAGUACACGCCCUAUUUACCUGCCGCGGCAGCCAAUGGUGAUUGAGGUGCCAGAGAAACCAUCCAUGAAGCGCAAGAGGUUAAAAUGGCAGCUUCAGAACGAGAAGAACAUACAAGCCCAGCAAGUGGAGGAUGGUGAGCCCAUCCAGGAGAAUGAAUUCGAGCAGAAGGAGCAGGAAGAACAAAAACAUCAUGAGGAAGUUUCCCAAAUCAAUGAGGAAGAAGAACAACAUCAGGAGACUACACCGUUUGUCUCUGAGGCCUCAGCAGAAGCGGAUGGGGAUUCAUCUACCAUUCACCUGCCGAGGGAGGAGCGCCAGAAGAGGGAGAAUGCCGUCAAUGAAACUUCCUUCUUUGCCGCCUCUUCACCGCGGAUGACGCGUGAAGGAGAGGGCGCACUGGAGAAGACAUGUGGAUCUUUCUUCAAACGUGAGAACAUUUUGAGGCCCUCCCAACGGAAGUGCCACAAUCCCUACUCUCCGGUCUAUUUAUUCUACUCAAACUUAUACACCACUACCGUCUGCCUCGGCGAUGGUCGGUACCGCCACGACCCAUAUCUUUACAACCCACUCUGGGAGCCUGUGGAGCCGCAGAUGGUGGCUCUUAUAAAAGAGUAG